CGUUGUUUCAGUCAUGACUAUAGUUUAUGAAACUAAUGCGAAAGAAAAAGACCUUUGGUGGUUUAUUUGGCUUUUAUUUUACAGACGAAAACAGCUGCGUCUUUGUGGGACGACAAAAGUGUCCUUAUCGCUCCAAGUCUUCGUGUUAUGACUUACCGAAUAAAGGUGCUACAUGCGAGUGUUGGGGUGGAUACAAGAAGCAGAAUGGCACUUGUCAAGACAUUGACGAGUGCAAAGAAACUCCUGACAGGUGUGAUACAGGGGUUUGUCGUAACUAUGUAGGUUACUUCCGCUGCUCUUGUCCAAAGGGAUAUCGCAAUUCUUGGCAAUCAGGAGGACAAACAUGCAAAGACAUCGACGAAUGCUCUAGCAUCGCACCGCCGAAUUGUGGAGAAGUUGCUUGCGUCAACACUCCUGGAAGUUACAUCUGUCAGUGUGAGCCUGGGUACAAGUUCAACGACACUCUAAAAACUUGCGAAGAUUAUGACGAAUGUGCUGCAGUCAGUGGUCGAUGUGAUCACGUGUGUUCCAACACUAACGGCUCCUUUACCUGCAGCUGUCAUCUGGGAUAUUUUCUAGAUAGCGAUGGUAAAUCCUGUCGAGCCGUAAAAGUUGAAAGCCUUGGGCGCGUCCUCAAGACCAAAGCUUGUCAAGGAGAAUCACUUACCAUGUCUUGCCGCAAAGAUCCUCUUAACACCAUCAUAAUAUUCCAAGCAUCGUACGGUCGAGAUUCAGAAGUUUGCCCUUACAAGCCGGGCAAGCCGCUUCCCUUCAAGCAGAUCUUUGAAGGAGAGGGUAGCAAAGAUCCCCUAGGCUUCCGGUGUGAGGAGGACGUGACAAAAACGAUCGACAAACGCUGUGGAUGGAAGAAAGCAUGUAACGUCGCCGUCGAUUCUUCCGUGAGCGAUCUCUGCGGCCCUGGAGCUAACCAGUAUCUUUCAGUGGCAUAUUCUUGUGGCAGACCCCUUCAGUGCCGUCCUAUGCCACCGUCAGACUCUUGUUCUACGGCAGUGAAGGAUGAGUGUAAAUCCGAUGAUGAAUGCCUCAACACUCAGAUGUGUUGCUUUCAUGGAUGUAAAAAAGUCUGCUCCGAGCCUGUCUUGUACACGAGCAACACUCGCGUCGACUCAGGUGAUCCCUAAAACCGUCUUUGGAGAAAUAAGUUAAUAUUCAAAUGGAUUGGACAAUUGGAGAUGAAGUAAAAGGACUUAUAUUGCUCAAAAUUGAUUCACUAGUGACAUUUCUUUUGCGUAAAUAAAGAAGAUGAAAACUGUAGCAUACAAUCCAGAAACAGUAAAUGUUUUUUUUUUUUUACAAAUAAUAAUGAACAUUUUCACUUAAUGUUAUGAAGCAAUCUUCAAGGAGGAUGGAUCUCACAAUGUUUCCACUCUUUUUUUGUUCUUUAUGAUGGCAAUAAAUGAGUUUUACCAAAGGAUUCUA